AUGUCCUCGACGCGGACUCCCUCCCCGCUGCGAACUGGGAGAUGGUCAGCACAUGGCUCCGCCGACCAAGCGUCCACCCUGAACGGUCUGGGUCUGGGUCUUGAUCUUUCUGCGCAAACAAAUGGCUACAGUGGUAACGACGACCAGUGGGCAGCAGCGAAAGCGAAGAGUGCACAAGUGAGAGGCUUCCCAACCAUCCAGACAAAAAACGAGGGCUUCUUCCAACGCUCACGACGAAAAUUAACCUCCACCCUACCCGUCUUCAACAGUCCAUAUCCCCCCUUGUCUGCCAACUGGAAAGAUCCAGAGAAACUGGGCCGCAGUCGGUGGUCACCCGGGCGUGAAAGCGUUUUCUCCAUGGUCAAGACCCUCCUGGGAAACCUACUGCGGAAAUGCAAGUUCCUGGUCAUUAUAUUGGCACUUGUGACCAUCUCAACUUUGAUAAUGUCGCAGACGAAUUUACUGUCCAGCAUCCGAAGCAAUGCCCAUCUCGGCGGAGGCAGCAAAUUCGUCAUCGUCCUAGGUGCCAAUGAAGGAGGUGGCGUCAUGUCCUGGAAAGGUCCAAGAGAAUGGGCAAUAGAGCGAGACAGUGUCAAGAACAAGAAACGCUAUGCUGAACGAUGGGGUUAUCAACUCGAGAUCACCGAUAUGAGCACGAAGAAACGCUACGCUCACGAGUGGAGGGAAAGUUGGGAAAAGGUCGAUCUCUUGCGGAAUGCAAUGGCGAGGUAUCCCAAGGCCGAGUGGUUCUGGUGGCUUGAUCUCAACACCUUCAUCAUGGAACCAUCCAGGUCUCUACAGUCUCACAUCUUUCGUAACCUCCAGGACAACGUGUACCGCGACAUCAAUGUCUACAAUCCUCUCAACAUCACACAUCCUCCAGUAACGAAAUUCCUCGACCCGAUCUCCCGCUCACCUACGGGCGACAACCUCAGUUCAUCCAUCGACAUCAUCAUACCUCAGGAUUGCAGUGGAUUCAACUUGGGGUCUUUUUUCAUCAGAAGAUCUCCCUUUACCGACCGCCUGCUCGACAUGUGGUGGGAUCCCGUUCUCUACGAGCAGAAACAUAUGGAGUGGGACCACAAGGAACAAGAUGCCCUCGAGCACCUGUACGCCUCGCAACCGUACCUGAGGACGCACUUUGCAUUCAUCCAGCAACGCAAGAUCAAUUCGUUUCCUCCUGGGGCCUGCGCGGUCGAAACAAAAGAGGAACCCUCCGACGCUGAUAAGGACAAGGCGCAGAAAUCCACCACCGACCCGCGUUUCCACUACAGCGAGACAGAGCGAGAUUUCAUGGUCAAUAUGGCUGGGUGCGAAUGGGGUAGGGACUGCUGGGCCGAGAUGUACAGCUACAGAGAGCUGAGCAACAAGCUAAACCGAUCAGCGUGGGAGAAAUUCAAAGAUUCCGCGUCCGGGAUAUGGACGAGCGUCAAAGGUAUGAUAGGCCAGAAGAAGGUCGAUCAGGAUAACAAAGGCGAGGAUGAAAAGAAGUCGUGA